GUCCCUUCGGGGCUCUUCAUCCCCAGCAUGGCCGUGGGAGCCAUCGCGGGCAGGAUGCUCGGCGUGGCCAUGGAGCAGCUGGCCUUUUACCACCACGACUGGGCCAUCUUCAGCGGCUGGUGCAGCCAGGGAGCCGACUGCAUCACUCCCGGCCUCUACGCCAUGGUGGGGGCCGCGGCGUGCCUUGGUGGGGUGACCCGCAUGACCGUGUCUCUGGUGGUCAUUAUGUUUGAGCUCACUGGUGGCCUGGAGUACAUCGUUCCUCUGAUGGCCGCAGCCAUGACCAGCAAGUGGGUGGCGGAUGCCAUCGGGCGGGAGGGCAUUUACGACGCCCAUAUUCGCCUCAACGGGUACCCGUUCUUGGAAGCCAAGGAGGAGUUCUCGCACAAGACGCUUGCCAUGGACGUAAUGAGGCCGCGGAGGAACGAUCCUCCUCUGACCGUCAUCACUCAGGACAGCAUGACCGUCGAAGACGUCGAGACCAUCAUCAGUGAAACCACGUACAGCGGCUACCCGGUGGUGGUGUCGCGGGAGUCCCAAAGGCUUGUUGGGUUUGUCCUCAGGAGAGACCUCAUCAUUUCAGUUGAAAAUGCCCGGAAGAAGCAGGACGGGAUCGUGAGCACUUCCAUUAUUUAUUUCACUGACCACUCUCCUCCGCUGCCUCCGAGCUCCCCCUCCAUGCUGAAACUCAGGAGCAUCCUGGACCUCAGUCCUUUCACAGUGACCGACCAGACGCCCAUGGAAAUCGUCGUGGAUAUAUUCCGCAAGCUGGGGCUGCGCCAGUGCCUGGUUACUCACAACGGGAAGCUGCUGGGGAUCAUUACCAAAAAGGAUGUCUUGAAGCACAUUGCACAGCUGGCGAACCAGGACCCGGACUCUAUUCUCUUCAAUUAAAGGCAGACCAGGAGGUAUUGUGUGUUCAGCACAAAAUAAACUGUAUAGAAGAUCCUGGAUAGACUUCCCUAUUUUUAUUGAGACCAUGGAACUGUUUUCAGCACUCCUUUCCGUGGAGCUGAAGAAGAUAACUUUUUUCUACCAGAUAACCAAUUGCACUACAUAGUCUGUGGAACAUAAUCUUCUUUUUAGAAGAAAAAAAAAAAGAGACUUUAUUUUCGUUGCUUUUGUGAAGUUGCAUUGGAAAGAUUCCAUGAAGGAGUAAAAGCAAAAUGCUAUAGAA